AGAGAGAGAGAGAGAGAGAGAGAGAGAGAGAGAGAAAGAGAGAGAGAGAGAGAGAGAGAGAGAGAGAGAGAUCGAUCUGUCACAUACAGCUCCAAUCCCAGAACCUUGACAAGAGGAGAAAAGAAUCUUUGGAAUACUUGGAAAUAAAUUGAUUAGAAGCAAAACUGCCCGGAAAAAGACUGACAGGCAAGCACACACACAGACGCAAAGGGAAACAACUGCUGUUUCUGCCAUGAAGGGGCUGAAAAAAUAAGCUGCAUGAUUACUUCUAUAUAUGAAUCCACGAUUCCAAAAAGGGAAGGUAACACAUACGGAAUGACCAACUCUGACUUCACUAGUGUACUCUCAAACAUGUCUUUCAUUCUGCCUAUGGCCUCAGAAAUCAACCAAUCAUGUUCUUUAGAGGAAGAAUCCCUGCAAGUGCCUUUUGCCGUCUUAUACUCCCUCCUCUUCCUGUUUGGCCUGUUGGGUAACAUUCUAGCCCUGUGGGUCUUCUUCUUCCUGCACUCGCGCCACAACUCUGUCCGGGUCUUCCUCAUCAACGUAGCCCUGGCUGACCUCGUACUGGUGGCCUGCCUACCUUUUCGCAUCCUCUACCACACGCUGGGCAACCACUGGCCACUGGGCCCACGCAUGUGCAAGGUGGUGGGCAACCUCUUCUACAUGAACAUGUAUGUGAGCAUCACACUGCUUGGCCUCAUCAGCCUAGACCGCUACAUAAAGAUACAAGGGGUGCGGGUAGCCUGCUGCCGGCGCUGGCUGAAGGGCAGCAACUGGAGCAUAGCAGUGUGUGGAUUUUUGUGGGCAGUGUCUCUGGUGGCUGUGGUGCCCAUGAUCGCUCUGGCUGAGGGCAACGAGGAGCAGGGAAAGUGCUUCCAGUAUAAGACACGCACAAAGGCCCGGGGCAAGGCCUACUUCAACCUCCUCCUGGUGGCCGUCUUCUGGAUGGUGUUCUUGCUACUGGUGGUUUCAUACGGGCGGAUCGCCUGGCGCCUACUGCGGGCAUCUCGUGACAAACCAGACCUGCCCAAUGCUAUGCGCUAUAGCCGUACAGCUAAGAAGUCCUUUGUGGUGCUGUUUCUGUUCACCAUCUGCUUCGUGCCCUACCAUUCCUUCAGGGGUUUCUACAUCCAGUCCCAGCUUAGCGAGACAUCCUGCGAAACACGCCGCCUCGUAGAUCGAACCAAUGAGGUCAUGCUUCUUUUUUCCGCACUCAACAGCUGCCUAGACCCAGUCAUGUACUUCAUGCUCUCAGGCUCGGUGCGCAAGGCCACAGUCAAAGCCGUGUCCCGGGUAUUCCGUGUGAGGCAUGACACCGCCGCUGUCAUCAACAGUUCUACCACGGAGUUACGCAAGACAUCUGUGUCUCAGGCCUCCACCACUGUGCUGGCUACACCCCGCGGAAGCAUCGGGCUCAUCACCACCAUCCGCUCCCAAUCCCUCCAUCCGAAAGACAUGAAGUGAGGUUGCUCCCGGUAAUCAAAGGGCCAGCGUCUCUGACCAGACAUCCUCAGCAUGAAGGAAAUAGCAAAGAAAUGAUUAUGCUUCACUGGGAUUUUGUAAUAUCUUGUGAUCAGAUGGAUGGUGGAGGGAGAUGUUUCCUCGGAAAUAAGACAUCUGUUCUCUAGUAAGACAUUUGUUCUAAAAAAAAAAAAAUAAAUUAAAAAGCUGAAAAUUUAUUGAAUGAGUGUUUAUCCAGUUCAUCAUGAAGAAGGAAGUCAGCGACAGCUGUGGACACUUGCCAAAGCUAAUAAGUAACCUAAUGCAGUGAGAACGCAGCAGAUCAGAGAUCAUGACUCUCACAGAUCAAAAUGACUAUUGUAUACUAUAAGGAACAUUAUUGAUUUUUUUGGGGGACAUUUCCAUUUCCACAUAAUCAAGGAUGCGGUCCAUCAAAAUGUCAAUUACAACAUGGAUAGUUCCAGUUAAUUCUAAAAUACUUGAUAUAUGCAUUCCUAUUAGUGGACAAAUGAACUGAAUCCUGUACUAAUGCACCAGAAGUGUUACUUCUAUGGACAGGUACUCAUAAUACUGAUAGUUGGCGCCAGGUAUAAGCCUGUAUAUACAUUAAAUGGCCUAAAACUGCAUUAAA